AUGAACGUUACGAGAAGGGCGCCGUCAGUGCGCCUACUAAGCUCACUCCAUCAAUCAAUCUGCUCCGGAUGCCUUGAUCGCCGACGGCUGCACUCAAGCACCUCUCAUCUACCAAUACCCUCACCAACACCAUUCAUUCCAGAUGUACCGACCUUCCUCACCGUCAUAGGACGCGGUCUCUCUAAACACGCCACCCAAAUUCCCAAUUGGCCAUCUUUGUUUACACUAUCGAGCGCUCAAUUAUCAGAACUCGGUGUUGAGCCCGCCCGGACGCGGAAGUAUCUGCUCUGGUGGCGAGAUCGAUUCAGGAGAGGCAUCUUUGGCCCGGGAGGGGACCUGAAGCAUGUGAAAGAUGGAGUCGGCGAACUGAAAAUUGUUGAAAUGCAAGCGGGCAGCUCUCAGCCUGCGGCGAUAGCGGGCCUGGACCCAACGGCAACAAUCCCGAACACGAAGAGAAUUGUGGUCAAUAUACCAGAAGAGCUGCUGGAGGAUCGUUCGAAUGUACGAGACUUGAAGGCUGUGGAAGGUAUGCGGAUAGAAGGAGCGCGAUCAAUCAAGGGGCCGUUCGCCGCACCUGUGAAAGGCACGAGAGGCAGCGUGGCGACUAUGAAGGUGCAGGAGGGCAUGUGGGAAGUGAGGAGAGGGAUCAAGGUUGAUGGGGGUGAGAGGAGGAAGAAACAGGUUAGAAGGCAAAGAUUGCUUGAGUCGAGGAAGAAGUCGAGAGCAUGA